UGGGGUCUGGAGAAGGUUCUGGAGGUCCUGGGGGUCCAAGGAUGGGACAUUUUGGGUCUGGGGGCUUCAGGAGGUCCAAGGAUGGGACAUUUGGGGUCUGGGGGGGGUUCUGGGGGUCCUGGAGGUCCAGGGAUGGGACAUUUUGGAAGGUUCUGGGGGUUCUGGAGGUCCUGGGGGUCCAAGGAUGGGACAUUUUGGGGUCUGGGGGUCCUGGAGGUCCAAGGAUGGGACAUUUUGGGGUCUGGGGGUCCUGGAGGUCCAAGGAUGGGACAUUUUGGGUCUGGGGGGGGUUCUAGGGGUCCUGGAGGUCCUGGAGGUCCAGGGAUGGGACAUUUGGGGUCUGGGGGCUUCAGGAGGUCCAAGGAUGGGACAUUUUGGGUCUGGAGGAGGUUCUGGGGGUCCUGGAGGUCCUGGGGGUCCAAGGAUGGGACAUUUUGGGUCUGGGGGUUUCAGGAGGUCCAGGAUGGGACAUUUUGGGGUCUGGAGGAGGUCCUGGGGGUCCAAGGAUGGGACAUUUGGGGUCUGGAGGAGGUUCUGGGGGUCCUGGAGGUCGAAGGAUGGGACAUUUGGGGUCUGGGGGCUCCAGGAGGUCCAAGGAUGGGACAUUUUGGGUCUGGAGGAGGUUCUGAGGGUCCUGAAGGUCCAGGGAUGGGACAUUUUGGGUCUGGAGAAGGUUCUGGGGGUCCUGGAGGUCCUGAAGGUCCAAGGAUGGGACAUUUGGGGUCUGGAGGAGGUUCUGGGGGUCCUGGAGGUCCUGGAGGUCCAAGGAUGGGACAUUUUGGGUCUGGGGGCUUCAGGAGGUCCAAGGAUGGGACAUUUUGGGUCUGGGGGCUUCAGGAGCUCCAAGGAUGGGACAUUUUGGGUCUGGGGGCUUCAGGAGCUCCAAGGAUGGGACAUUUUGGGUGGCCCAAAGGGACCUGGACAAUUCCCCCCCCCUCAAUUCCCGGUGCUCCAAAGACCCCCCCAAGAAUCUCCUCCAAAUUCAAGACCCCCUCCCCAAUUCAGGAAACCCCCCCUUGAAGGUUCCAGAACCUUCCACCAGCCAGAA